AUGAAAUCAGAAAAAAGAGGGUUUAGAAAUGAAGUUUUGAACUUUGUAGUUCAAAGAUUAGAGUCAAACUAUUGGAUCCAACGGCGUCAAUUUUUUGUUGACAAUUCUCGUGAUCCGAACAGUGCUUUGGCUUGUGUUGUUGAGUACCGUUUGUACGGAACACAUCAACGGCCAUCGCACCAUAUCCCUCUGAAACAGAAACUCAACCGUUCACAAAACACGCACAAUCAGCGUGAAGCCGAAGACGUCGUCGUUUUAAGACUCGAGUUGCCGUAG